AUGGAAGAGGGAAAUCGCACCUUCCUGACUGAAUUCAUCUUGGUGGGCUUCUCAGCAGACCCCCGGUGGCAGCCGAUUCUGUUUGGGGUAUUUCUGAUGCUCUAUUUGCUAACCAUGUCUGGGAACGUGACCCUGGUUAUCCUAAUCUGGAUGGAUUCCCGUCUUCAUACACCUAUGUAUUUUUUCAUAGGUGGUCUGUCCUUUUUGGAUUUCUGGUACACCUCUGUUUAUAUCCCUAAAAUCAUGGCCAUUUGUGUUUCUGAAGAUAAACGCAUCUCCUUGGCUGGAUGUGGGGCUCAGUUUUUCUUUUCCUGUGUGGUAGCCUACACCGAGUGCUAUCUCCUAGCAGCCAUGGCAUAUGACCGCCGUGCGGCCAUCUGUAACCCUCUGCUUUAUUCAGGUAUCAUGUCCACGUCUCUCUGUGCUUGGCUGGUUGCCGGCUCCUACAUAGGAGGAUUUCUGAAUGCCAUAGCCCAUACUGCCAACACAUUCCGCCUGCAUUUCUGUGGUGCAAACAUCAUUGACCACUUUUUCUGUGAUGUACUACCACUGGUUAAAAUGUCCUGUACAGACACCCGGGACUACGUGAAACUUCUUUCAUGUAUGGUUGGCUUUACUGUCUUCUCCUGCCUCCUUGUCAUCUUCAUUUCCUAUUUCACCAUCCUCUUGGCUAUCCUGAGGAUCCGGUCAGCCUCCGGAAGGCGCAAGACAUUUUCCACCUGUGCCUCCCACCUCAUCUCUGUCAUGCUCUUCUACGGAUCCUUGCUCUUCAUUUAUUCACGACCUAGUUCCUCCUACUCCCUGGAGAGAGAUAAAGUGGCUGCCUUGUUCUACACCAUCGUCAACCCACUGCUCAACCCUCUCAUCUACAGCCUGAGAAACAAAGAUGUCAAAGAGGCCUUCCGGAAAGCAACACAGAGCCUGUGGCCACGAACUUGA